UCUUGCUAGAGAGGCGCCCAAACAGAAGCGGCCAUGGUGGUGGAAAACGCGCCCCACGGCGACUCAGUGGCGGCGGUCGCGGACGAGCUCUUCUUCAGCGCCGGCGCCGGCGUCGAUCUCGAGACCUUCUUUGACCACGCGGCGCUGGAGGUGGCGGCCGCCGGCAGCAGCGGCGCCAAGGGCGAGGAGGAGGAGCUCGAGUGGCUGUCGAACAAGGACGCGUUCCCGGCGGUGGAGACGAUGCUGCCGGCAGCGGCGCCGCGGCCGCCGACGAAGGGCGCGCGCCGGCGCCGGCGGGUGGUGGCGAAGAAGGCGAUGGCGGGGAGGCGGUGCCGGCACUGCGGGACGGAGGAGACGCCACAGUGGCGCGAAGGCCCCGAGGGUGCCGCCACGCUGUGCAACGCGUGCGGCUUGCGGUACCGGAGCGGCCGCCUGGUGCCGGAGUACCGGCCGGCGAGCAGCCCCACCUUCUCCCCGGAGAUGCACUCCAACCGGCACAACCGCGUCGUCGAGAUGCGCCGCCAACGGCAGGUGGCGGCCGUGGCCUCCCCCGGCGCAGCCUUCGGCGAGAAGUGAAGAGGGGUUGAUUAACAAUGUCGUUUGGAGGUUUUCGCUUCUGCACCUUCCCAUGGGUUUUAGGAUUAAGGAAUGGUUGAUUAGAGUUUUGACGUGAUUAGAAACUAGGAAAUGAAUUAAGAAGGACUAGGGUGUCUUGUUUUGCGGUUCCUGGGUUAUGCCAAGUGGCCUGUUCUCUUCCAAAGAUUUUAGCUGAAAGAACGUGCAUCAUCGUGGUUUUCGAUCGACAUAUUACGGUUGAUGCUUCAAAAGAUGGCUUGUAUGCAUU